UACGAGCUUCUUCCCUUGGGUGGAUUCUUGGCUUUUCUCCCAGCAUGGCCCCCAAACACCAGUCUUCACUUCCACCCCAAGCAAAGAAACCGAAGAAACCGAGACGGACUCCUGCCUCCAGGCCAGAGGAAACGUCUGCUUCUCCGAACUUGCCGAAGGAAGAAAAAGAACAGCAAGAAGCAAUUGAACAUAUUGAUGAAGUACAAAAUGAAAUAGACAGACUUAACGAACAAGCCAGUGAGGAGAUUUUGAAAGUAGAACAGAAAUAUAACAAACUCCGCCAACCAUUUUUUCAGAAGAGGUCGGAAUUGAUCACCAAAAUCCCAAAUUUUUGGGUAACAACAUUUGUUAACCAUCCACAAGUGUCUGCACUGCUUGGGGAGGAGGAUGAAGAGGAGCUGCAUUAUUUGACAAGAGUCGAAGUGACAGAAUUUGAAGAUAUUAAAUCAGGUUACAGAAUAGAUUUUUAUUUUGAUGAAAACCCUUACUUUGAAAAUAAAGUUCUCUCCAAAGAAUUUCAUCUGAAUGAGAGUGGUGAUCCAUCUUCAAAGUCCACUGAAAUCAAAUGGAAAUCCGGAAAGGAUUUGACAAAACGUUCAAGUCAAACGCAGAAUAAAGCCAGCAGGAAAAGACAGCAUGAGGAACCAGAAAGCUUCUUCACCUGGUUUACUGAUCAUUCUGAUGCAGGUGCAGAUGUGUUAGGAGAGGUCAUCAAAGAUGAUAUUUGGCCAAAUCCAUUACAGUACUACUUGGUUCCGGACAUGGAUGAUGAGGAAGGGGAAGGAGAAGAAGAUGAUGAUGAUGAUGAAGAGGAAGAAGGAUUGGAAGAUAUUGAUGAAGAAGGGGAUGAGGAUGAAGGUGAAGAAGAUGAAGAGGAUUAUGAGGGGGAGGAAGGAGAGGAAGAUGAAGGAGAAGAUGACUAAUGGAACACUGAUGGAUUCCAACCUUCCUUUUUUAAUUUUCUCCAGUCCCUGGGAGCAAGUUGCAGUCUUUUUUUUUUUUUUUUUCUCCUUCUCCUCUUGUGCUCAGUUGCCCUGUUUUUGAGGUCUCUUUUCUCCUUUAUACCAUGGAUCACAACUUGU